UGUAGUAUUUUCCAUGUAUUCGCCCACAAAAGGCGAGGCGCAUUCAUUCUUUCGUGUUUCUCAUUCAUAAUGGAAUCGUCGUCAAGUCGGCUAACAUUGUGCAUAUCUUAUCAGUAGCAUUGCAAAAUUUUGCUUCACAGUCUGUUUUAUUAGUUAAACCUGAUCUCUUUUGUUGUUUGAAGUGAGUUACGGUAUAAUAUCUAAACAUCUUCUAUCAAAACGGGCAUAUUUUAAGUUGAAAAGCAAGAUGAGCGAAGCACAAAUCUGCGACAUCAGUUCCGAGGCCAAGGAGGAAAUUAGCAAGUUUCGAUUCCGACGGAAUGCCACCAACACUGCACUAAUUUUAAAAAUCGACCGCGAGAAGCAGUUGGUCACGGUAGACGAACUGCUGGACGACGUUUCCAUCGAGGACCUACAGGAACAGCUACCCAGCCACCAGCCCCGAUACGUCAUCUACAGCUACAAAAUGGUGCACGACGAUUCUCGGAUAUCCUAUCCGAUGUGUUUCAUCUUCUACACUCCACGGGACAGCCAAAUGGAACUCUGCAUGCUGUACGCGAAAACGCGUAUGGCACUACAACGGGAGGCGGACCUAACAAGAUACUACGAAAUCCGAGAGCUAGAUGAUAUGACCGAGGAUUGGCUCAAGGAGAAACUGAAAUAAGCUGCCGAUUAGAUGAUAGACGCAUUUAAACAAUUUUGACAAUUAACAAAAUUUGAAAUUUUGAUAAAACGAUUCUAAACGGAGUGAUCCACAUAUGACGUCUCGCAAAAAAAAUGGCCAUUUUUAAACCUACUUCCCUAUUCGUAACCAGUUUUAUAUGAAACCUCUAAACGAUAUAUGAAACCAGCCCCUGCCCUAGAAUCAUGACGUGAUUUAUGAUCACUCCUCAAAUAAAUACAGUCUAUAGCAAAGCACCAAGUGCAUUUGGUAUUUAUCAGGUAGUACGACGAGCUAAGCAUUUUACUUUCGCUAUGAAAAUUGACCCAGCACACCUUAUCACUUCAUAGGAUGUGAAUAAUUUAGCAUCCAAAAUCAUCUUUUUGAUUGGUUUCAAAGUUAUUACAACAAAAUUUUAGAUAUUAGCGAUUAGAGAUUAAACAAGCGAAUCAAAGGACAUUUUAUUGCUGUUAUGCAUUGGCAUACGCCUGUUGUAUUCCUAUAUAGAAAGGCAUUUUAAUAAUUGGGAUAUACUCAUUCAAUUCUUGGUCUCGCAUAUUUUUAUUUUUACAUAUAAAGAUAGAUAGUGGAUUUUUCGAUACAAUUGUGGUCAAAAAUCUGUAACUAGUUGGAUGUUCCCAUCACAUAAUAAAUUUUAUUGAUAACCAUUAGAGUUCAGUUCGAUUAGCUGUAGUGAUAAGUACGCACGUUGCAUAAUACGCGUGGACAAAUGAUAAAACAUAAUCAACAAAGACCCUGAGACGAAAUCUGUAUGUAAGCUAUAAGACAGUACAAGUAAUAAUAUUGAGAUACUAUUAUUAGUAGCUUGUGAAAAGUAAAAGCGCGAAUUCUGUUACACCCGGAAUUUAAUCAUAUAUUAUGCAAUAAAAUUGAAAACAAGUAUGUAGAGAAAAGGGUUUUUAUAUUGUUAAAGAAAACAAAAACAAUAGACUUCAUCAAAUUUAGAAACUUUUGAAGAAUAAUGCUUGAAUUAUACAAUUAUUGGGGUAUUUAUCGAUCAA